AAAAAUGCUAUAGAAAACAACAACAACUCCCAAAUAGCGAUUUAAAUAAUAUACAACAAAAUUCAUAAUAUAUUUUUCCUCACCUGAACCCGCAAGGACACGCUUAUUCCGAGUAGAUUUUCCAGGUUAUCUCGUGUCCGCGCACUCCUGAUUUCCUUUUAUUGACGGUCACCAGAUAGGAGGGAUCAAGAAAAGAGUAUCCAGCUGGAGAGCAGAGAGAUCUGGAGCUGCAAUGGCGUGGAACGUCUUCAAAUUCUGUACGGCACUGCGUGGCCUCGGCUCUGUCAUGAUCUUCAUAGUCCUGGGCGUCGUGGGUGUCACCUAUUAUGCUCUCGUUGUUGUCAAUUACGGCCCUUCUCUCUUUCAUGGUGACCUUGAUUUGCUCAUUGCUCUUGCAGUCUUGUUGCUGUUUCAUUCUUUGUUGGUGAUGCUGCUGUGGAGCUACUUUUCUGUUGUUUCCACGGAUCCGGGUGGUGUUCCACUGAAUUGGAAGCCCAUGGUGGACGAGGAGAAAGGAGAUGUUGAUCCAUUGCUGGGUUCAGAACAUACUGGUGUAGGCUUAGGUGUGGACCAGGAAAAUAUGGUUGCUAACCCAGCAAGUGAAGCAGUCCGGUUUUGUCGGAAAUGCAACCUAUUUAAACCACCCCGGUGCCAUCACUGCUCUGUUUGCGGGAGAUGCAUAUUGAAAAUGGACCAUCACUGUGUGUGGGUUGUCAAUUGCGUUGGGGCAAAGAACUACAAGUAUUUCCUUCUUUUCUUGUUUUACACAUUUCUUGAGACAACUCUUGUCACUUUAUCGCUAUUGCCUCAUUUCAUAGCAUUCUUUUCUGAUGGAGAGAUACCUGGAACACCAGGCACCAUUGCAGCCACUUUUCUUACUUUUGUUUUGAAUUUGGCAUUUGCGUUGAGUGUACUGGGCUUUCUGAUCAUGCACAUAUCAUUGGUAGCAGCCAAUACCACAACCAUUGAGGCAUUUGAGAAGAAGCGCACCUCUACAUGGCGUUAUGACAUUGGUCGAAAGAAAAACUUUGAACAGGUGUUUGGGAUGGACAAGAGAUUCUGGUUGAUCCCUGCAUAUUCAGAAGAGGACAUUUUACAGAUGCCAGAACUCCAGGGUCUUGAGUACCCAUCAAGACCCAACUUGGAUGCUCUCCAGCAGUUUUAGCUACAUGUCAUAGUUGGCAACAAAGAUAAUGAAUUCUGGUUCCCUUUACCACUUACAAGAAUAUCCGAGAAACCAAACUAUGCAGUCCUUUCCCUCAAACUGAUGCUGCCCUGCAAAUUUGGAAUGCAAGCCAUCAAAAGUCAUUAAUAUGUACAGAGGCUUCACUAAUACCGUCACCUACUUGACAGAAGCUUUAGCACUGUAGUAGAUUCCUCACUCCUCUCUGAGGAGCAGCUGAAGCUGUGAAGUAUAAAUUAAGAAGAAUGAGAAAUGGCUUGUGAUGUUUUAGUUCCAAAUUAUACUCGUGCAGAUUUGGGGAAUCUUAAAGGGAUGCAUAGCUUCAUUUGUGUGCGUUUUACCACUUUUAGAUAUAAUUGCCUGAAGUGAUGUUUUCACUUAUCAUGGUUAAUUAUCCUUGUAAAGUGAUGCCUAUGAUUCAUUGAUAUAAAUCUUUGUGACCAUUAACAUGA